AUGGAGUGCGCUUAUGGACCACUACUUGGGCAGUCGCCAGCCGUUUGGUCGACAAGUCCACCUCUUCUUCUGGGUGCUUGCGACAAGUUCAAAGCCACCGCGCCAUCAAAGUGCCAGCGACAAGUCCAUGCUGCCGCCCUGACGCAAAUCGCCAACUGCGACUUCAGUUUCAAGAAGGCCAUCGCACGACGCGCCGACCUUCAUCCGCACCGCGACAAGCCGACUGACGACACUCGUCAACGCCGAGACGUUAUUCAAGUUCGCGUCACCGCCUUUCUGCAUUACGACAUUACAUGG